UGGAUUCAGUUAAUUAUGAGUUCUCUAUGUGACUUGACUUCUGAUCCUAACACAAAUUUUUAUUUCAUAUAAUUAGGCUUAAUUAACAGUACGUUGUGAUUAAUUUUGUGUUUGGGACAGAGAUUUUACGAAUUUUCCAGAUUUUUCCACAGUUUAAUUAAGAGACUCUGGAACCUGAUAAAUGUCCGUCUCCCUCAGGGUGAGAGAUUGAAACUUCUAUACUGUCGUGACAGUACAGGUUCUGCUUAUAUAGAAGAGAAUCCUUUUUCAAGUAACCAAAGUCACUUCCGACGCAAGAAGGAGAGAUGAGUAAAGUCACUGGAUUUGCUCAACACUUAGUCUCUUUUCUAGCCUUCUUGUUAUGGGUACUAGGGGGCGUGAUGAUCGGAUAUAUGCUAUGGGUUCUUGGGACUUCUGCUGCAUCAAGAGAGUUUUUCAGUGGAAAAUUGGUGUUUACGUACGUUACCCUCAGUCUCGGUGCCUUCCUGUUUGUAGGUGGUCUGUUAGGAUCAAUCGGAUCUUACAGGAAUGGAGCGUGUUUGUUGAACACAUUUUUAGGUCUGACUGUUAUAUCAGUUGCUGUAGAAGUUGGAGGUAUCGUGACUCUAAAUAUCAUGAAGACAAAAGAGCAUUGUGGAAAAAGUUAUAUGAAUAAAACUGGUGGCACCCUGAAACCUAAGCAUAAACAUCAGAUCUGA